CGCAACGCGACAACUGCGGGUCCCGAUUGCUGCAGCCGCUUGUCAGUGUGACGAAGAUUGGCACUCAGGUUGGCCACCUGUCCCUCCCGCUCCCUAUAAUGCCCCAGUGUUUGCAGCAUCUGCAGUGAAUGUGAUGGCAGCCCAGUCGGUUUCCGUAGACAAGUACCCAAAGGGAGAGCAGCAGAUGCAAGUAGUGAAGGUAGACAGCGAUACGGAGCAGAAGUUUAUCGAGGGGACAUUGGCAGAGGUGCCGAGCCCGGUACCCACAGAGCCGCAGACACCCAUGGAUGCGGAAAAAGCCUCCAUAUAUCGGCAUCCUCUGUUCCCGCUGUUGGCCCUGCUGUUCGAGAAGUGUGAACAGUCCACACUGAGCUCUGAAUGCAUCACCUCAGCCAGCUUUGAUGUGGACAUCGAGAACUUUGUCCGCUGUCAGGAGAAGGAGGGCAAACCCUUCUUCAGUGAGGACCCUGAACUCGACAACCUGAUGGUGAAAGCCAUCCAGGUGCUGCGGAUCCACCUGCUGGAGUUGGAGAAAGUGAAUGAUCUGUGUAAGGACUUCUGCAGCCGCUACAUCGCCUGUCUCAAAACCAAGAUGAACAGUGAGACUCUGUUGAGUGGAGAUCCAGGAAGUCCCUAUUCCCCCGUCCAAGGCCAGGCCCCCAACUUCUCCCCCACAAAGACUCAGACCCCCAGCUCCAUCUCGGGGACCAUCAGUCCUCAGGGUCAGAUUGUGGUGCCAGCUUCAGCUCUGCAACAAGGGAAUGUAACCGUGACAGCUGUUAACCCCACCCAGGUGGUCGCAGGUAUGUCACCAUGGCAUACAACCUCUCCCUCAGGUGGCACGGUGUACCAGCCUGUUACAGUCGUCACUCCGCAGGGCCAGGUGGUAACACAGGCACUCUCUCCAGGGACAAUACGUGUCCAAAACAAUCAGCUCCAGCUGCAGUUCCACCAGGACCUAAACCUCUUCAAUCAUGACGACAACUCGACCAAGAACAAACGUGGAGUUCUACCCAAACAAGCCACCAACGUCAUGCGCUCAUGGCUCUUCCAGCACAUCGGGCAUCCAUAUCCAACAGAGGAUGAGAAAAAACAAAUUGCCUCCCAGACAAAUUUGACACUUCUGCAGGUCAACAACUGGUUCAUAAAUGCACGGAGGCGGAUCCUGCAACCCAUGUUGGACGCCAGCUCGUCUGAGACGCCAAAAGCCAAGAAGAAGACGCCUCAGAACAGACCUCUGCAGCGCUUCUGGCCCGACUCCAUCGCUGGAGGAGGGACUCACCAGCAAGUUACCAUGCCAGACGGUACAAUGGUUACGAUGAACAUGGAGGGUCUGCAGAGCCUGACGUCAGAUGGGGCCACUCUGGCGGUGCAGCAGGUGAUGCUGGGGGGCCACAGCGAGGACGAGUCGGGGGACAGCGGGGAUGAGGACGAUGAUGCAGAUAUGGCUGGGCUGGGCCUGGACAACAGCGACUCGUUGCAGUAGAGGACACACUCCCUCACUCUCAUGUACACACAGACCAUGCGACAAAUAAGUCUACAGACAGGAAGUCCAAACAAACAAACACAUUAGGUUUACACAGAGCACAAAUCACCAGGACGUCACAGCGACUGCCCUCUUCCAACCCUUGUCCCUGCUGAACAGCGGUCAAUGCUGCGUGUGUACAUCAUGAGUUUCAUUUCAGAAACCAUUUUUUAAUUAUUUAGUUGAUGUAUGCGAGUGCACUUUUUUGUAUAUUUAAGCUCAAAAAGAUUAAAUCAAACAAACGGAAGAAAAAAAAGAAGUGUUAAAAAACACCCGAAACAAGUUUGUAUGCUCCGUUACUAAAUGUUGACUGAUUUGUUUUUCUCGGCCCCUCGUUCCCCCUCUUCCAGUUGAAUUCUCAUUUUGGAUGCCAACACUUUAAAGUCGUAUCUGUAAGGGUUUGUCUUCACUUUUUGCAUGCUUGUGUUUUGAGUAGAUGUGCGCACUCUUACGACUGACUCCACAGCUCUGUUACGGGCCGGCGUGGAGAGAAUCGGGGGAGAAAAAAAAACGAGAGAAGCUUAUUUUUAUAUACAAACAUAUGUAAGUAGUGUUUCUUGUUCCAUUUUUGUGUUCUCCUGUUUUGUAAGGAAUAUUUAUGUACAGAUUCAUAAUUAAGAUUAGCGACCCUGUUUUCCGGGGUUCUUUGAAGUUUUCUAAAAAAUAGAAAAAGGAAUUGAAAGCUGAUGAAAUUGCUAUUUAAAUUGGUUUUAAACUUACAAUACUAACAAGGCCUUACGUGUUUUCUUUUCUAAACGAUUCUUGCCAAGAAGCACAAAAAGAAAGUCUGACCCUUGCUUGGUGAAAUAGGUCAAAAAUGACACUAAAGUGCAGAACAUGUGCGUGGUUCUGCAGAGCAUUGUUAAUGAUUUUAUCUUUGUGUUCUGUAACAGAUAUCAGACGAGUUCAAACACAGUUAACUCACUGUGGUGCUUGGUUUUUAAAUGCAGCUCUACAGGGGGUUGUACCACAAAGCAAGUUCAACAUUUCAGUGUACCUGGUCUUUAUUCUGGCUCGGCAAAGCUCUAAGAUCCAGUAAGAGAUGGAAGAUAUCAUAAGCUGGUUAGGAUUACUCUUCUUGUAUGGAGGCUAGCCUUUUGUGGCUCCUUUCUUGCUUUCUCUUCCUGCUUUCCGGCACUGUUGACUGUCCUGUUCUCAAAAUAAAGGCAACUAGUUCAAAAAAUAAAUCUCCUAACAAAACAAUAACAGCACUGCUGCAGCAGCUUGUAAUUAGGGGAUUUUGAUAUUUGUUAUGUGAAUACUUCUAAUCUGAAUAUUACAUAUUUAUUAUCAACUGUAAAUGGGCCAUAAAGCCUUAUGGUAGGAAACUAUGUGAGAAUUACUUCUGUAAUUGUAGAAAUAAAGUCAAAUUGAAGGUCUGUUGAAUUGAUUCAAAACAUGAUCAUGAAAUACAGGCUCUGGUCUAUGGGUAAUACUUCCAAGACUAAAUAUGUAUGUUUUAUUGCAGAACCAGCUCAGUUGAACAGAUUUUUGAAGAUGUUGUGACCAAAACCAGAAGUUUUGACAUUUAAAUGUGGAGAUAAUUCGCUGAAGUAAGUGUUCACUGAAACGUAUAAACAAGGUAAUCUCUGUGAUGUGUCACAUAAAGCAUUUCAGCGUGUCCUAAAAGCAUGCAGUGACAAAAUUCAAGCUUAAUUCAGUUGUUACUGAUUGUUUUUGGAGUUUUCUACCAGCUUAAGUGUAAUGCAGCACAGAGAAAUGCCACACCGUGCUGUUUUUAAUGCCUGCACCAUGUUCACUUCUCCUUCAAUUGCUCAACAAGAAUGAAGACUGAGGAACAAGUAAGAUGACAAGACACCAGCAGGGCCAACAGGAAAAUUGUUUUGAUUUCUGUCACAUUUCUCUGCAUGCCUGUUGGUAUAUUUUACACAAUGGAGAUAGGGAUGCAGUGACCUGUGUUAGCAUGGAGAUGAAGCUUUCGUUUCUCCACAUUCAGAAUAAAAGCAUUCCAUGUCAAACUGAUCAGAGAAGCAAUUGAUGUAGUGUAGACAUCAGCGCAUGGAUUUUCCAGAUUUCAUGUCUGUGAUGGGGCAGAUCCGUUUUGCAAAGCAUCAAGUUAAUACGCUUGUUCCUGGUCAGAGAGUGACCAGACCAAUCAGAGUCAUUUGAGGAGAAAGAGACGGUAGCUUCAGUGUAGUUUAGUGGAAGCAUAAACAUAAAUUUUCCUUCCAAAAACGGCAAGAAUCAUUGAUUGAAAUUCCGACAGCUGCUAGUCCAGCUCUCCAGUUUUAGCUUACUUCUUGACUGUGGUGGGGCAUGUCUACCAAGCCAUGUUUUGUUGCUCUGAUUGGCCAGUAAUGAGUGUGACAGAAAAAGUUUUAUUUCCUUCAGAGUUGUUUUUCUUUUAAGGUUCUGCCCUUUUGAAACAACAUCUAUCUAAAGCCGGGCAGACACUGUGUGAUUUCAAGCCGACCAUACGACAGUCAUGGCAGAAUCCCAACUCACUUAUGGCCAUCCUGCAUGAUUUCAUUAAGGUGUAACAAACCUGAAUGGCUGUAGAUUAGAAAACAGUGGUAGGACAUGUGUAGAAUGUUUUUCUUUUUUUCUUGUUGUAGGAUUUUUUGUUGUUGUAGCAUUUCAAGGGUUGAAAUCUUGAAAAUCACUGAGUUUUUCAUUGUUUUGAUCAGGCUUGGAGCCUGUUGAAAGAUGUGACACAAAAGAGAGGAAAUAUAUUAGCCCCUUAUAUUUUUAUAUUAGUUGUGGAAGUGGUCAUAUGUGUCCAUGAAUGGCUUAGUAAGGUGAUCAUUUUUUAAAUAAGACUGCACAAAAUCUGUUUGUCUUAAUUGUUUGAGGAAAUUCAGGGCCAUGCUUGAAAAAGUCUGCUUUCAAACUUUUUUAAAUCACACAAAAUUAGCUUGUGUAUGUAAAAUAGCUAAUUUUGGGAAUUUUGCUUUACCAUAUGUAAAAAAACACAGAGGCAUCAUGCACUCUAAUAAGCAUUUUAAGGGUUAAAUUCCCCAAAUAUGUAAGUAUUAAGUAGUUUUGAUCAGAACUGAUGUUGAAUGAAAGGUUUAACCUCUAAAAAGUUGAAGAAAAAAAAACCUAAUAUUUUUAUUGCAAUUUUUUGAACUGGACAUUUUUGGCUUUGUAGGAGAAAGAAAAAUUAAAUCAGACAAUCCUCAAAACUAAAAAUGUAUCAACAUCAAUUUGCUUUAAAUUGAUGUGCUUUAAAAUAAAAAUCCCUUAGCUCCCUGUCUUUUAUUUUUUCAGAAAAUUGCUCAUUUUUGUGAUUUUUAUAUUUUUUUUUUUUUAUAAAAACAGAAGUGACUUCUUGUAUUGAAACUAGAAUUUAAGGGACUAAAUCCCCCAAAUAUAAAAAUAAAAUAGUCUUAUUCAGGACUGAAGUUCAUAAAAAGAAUUAACCCUGCAAAAUUAGAGAAGAAACUAUUUUUCUAUAUUUUUCUUAUGAAUGUUUUUCAAAGUGGACCUUUUUUUGUCCUGAAUGGCUUACGAAGGUCAUACAUUUGACUGUUACCAGAGUGUUAAACAAUUUAUGAGCGCCAGUUUAGCUCGGCUGGUACAGCUGAUGCCCAUAUACUGAGGCUGCAGUCCUCGACUACUGGUCGAUGUGAUUAAAGAUAGACCCAACUCCUUUAUCUCGGUGAAAAUAACAUUUGUCUAGUUAGAUGAGAAAAUCUGAACAGACACCCAUAUACACGUAUAAUUUUGUUAAUUUUACAACAUUAUAAUGCCAAUCCCUGUUGAGAAGUGUUGAACUUACUGGCAGCUGGAUUUGGAAUCCUAUUGACUAUUAGGUUAUUCUAAACUAUAAGGUUUUUGUAUUUCAUGCUUCUAAAACCCUGUCUUUCCUAUUUACCACUGUUUUUCAUAAUCUGCUUUACUGGCCCAGUAUGCCUGCACAACUAGAAAUUUGACUACUGUUAGCUGUGCUCUCAAUGUACAAAAAUUAAACAUGAAAUAUAUAUACUUGAUUGAAUGUUUUUACCCAGAAAGGGACAAGGUCAGCAUCAUUAGAAAAAAAAUACUCAGAUGGAUUGCUCUUAACAGUGGGGUCCGUCCAAUGCCUUGGAUAUGAGAAAUGUGGACAGUGAGCGUUAGGAGCUGCACAAUGCAAAGCCAUAUCUGCUGUUACUGUAGGCCAAACCACAUGGUUUUGUUCUGUGACAUUAACUGUAAUGUCAUAAUUUUAAAAGCUUCCAUACAUUUAUUUCCAGAAGUGAAGAUCUAUAUUACUAGCAGAAGUCAUUUCCAGGUAAUGACUACUAAAAGUGCUGACAUUUAACAGCCGAUUUAAAGCCAGAACUCCAACCAGAUUUUGAGUUUAUAGUACCAUAGUAAUCCAGCUGGGUUAAAAGAAAACCAGCUUCUUGACACUGAAAACUCUGAUUUAAGCUUAACAGACAAGGAUUACCCUCUAAUCUCGCUCUGUGGUACACCCCCCAGUUUUACCGUCAUUGUGUAUAUCAUUUUACAGUAGUAACGUAGGUGUCACUUUCUCAAAUGCACAAUCCAGAACACUAUGCUAAUCACACAAUCAUGAGGGUCUGAUGUGGAAACUCAUUAUCAACAAGAAGCAGUGGACUUUUUGCACGCAUUAAACUUUUAUUUAUGUACAUGCUACUGCGCUGAAACAAAGAGCAGUGUGGAAAAGUUGGACUCCUCGUUCACAGGCUGCAUGAAGGACUGAAUCUCUGCAGCCUCCGUCGGUCCCCCUGCCACUACAGAUGUAGUGAAACCAUUGGAAAUCUCUUUAUCAAUAUGUUGAUAUUACUGCACAAGCUGGGGUGCCUCUUGUUUGAAUAUCUGUAAUAUUGUACUGUACAACAGUCGUUUGUCAAUAGUUUGAGUAAUCUGGUUUAUAUCCCUCUUGUAAAGUUGAGACUUGAAAUUUGAAGCAGCCGGGGUGGUAUGUUGAGUCCUAGUGGACCCUCGCUGAGUUCUCGGUUCUUUACUCGCGUCUGUCUUGCUUUUUAUGAAACGUUCUUCACUUUUCUCUUGUCUGUUUUGCCUUAGAGCUUUCUAUUUUGGAAUAAACGAUGCCUAACUCUC